UUUAUUUUAUAAGAGUUCUAUGAAAUUGCUGGGAAACUUCCUGAUGUCACUGAACAAUUACAGAAACACUAUUGCGAGGGCAAUGUAUUUUUAGAUAGAAUUUACCGGUGUGGGUAUACAACUUGCUUCCAUCCAGUACACCGUUAUGAUAUAUAGCUAACCCACUAGUUUGGUGUGGUGUGUUGGCAAGAACUUCGCGUGCUUUUGCUUUUCAUUUGCAUUUACCCCCAAUUUAGAUGAGCUCUAGCUGACAGGAGAUGCAUUUGUUGUCUAUGCUCUCUCUGUUAGUUAUGGGGCUUGCCUCCACGACUGGCUACGAAGACGAUCGGGACAUGUUUUCCCUCCCGACCAAGAGUGUAUGCCCUGGCAAGUCUUUCAUCAAUCGAAGACCCACCGCAUUUCGUGUUUCUGAUUUAUAUUUUAAAUCCAGUGUACCUGGAAGCUCUGAAAUACUGGUGGCAAACAAGACUAUGGUAUUUCUACCCUUUUAUCAAUUAAAAGACAAUGCAGUAUUCAUACCUGAGGUAAUGAAACAUCAUGAGGGAGAGUACUUCUGGAAAGUUCCCAUUAGGGUCAGAAGGAUCGAGCUCAUUGUCAAAGACUGCGCUGUCCCUCUGGAGGUGAAUUAUGGAGAGAAGGUUAGUCUAGUGGUGCCCAAGGAGGCUUCCAUGUUGGAGUUCACCACUCCUAAGUCAUCUGACCGCUGGGUUCUGUGGAGCCGGAUCAACACGGACAACACGAGGGGAGCCAGGGGGACGGUGGGAAGUGACCUCUGGGUUGCCCUCAAGAUCACCCAAGCGGACGCGGGCCGUUAUACUUUCCUGAGGGAGAGCGGGGGUGAAAUCUCCAGCACUGCGCUCUUAGUUAAAGAACUCCAGAGAUAUCCUGAUCUGAGCGACGAGUCCAUCCAUCACCACUGGGAAAACAGGUUCCCAGUUCCCGUAUCCGAGGCAGUGCUUACGUUUAUCGAUUCCGACAAAGUUAAGCACGUGCUCUUCAAGAAUGGCAUGGAGACCGAAGAGGCAUUCCGGAUGUUUGGGACUCGGAUAGAACUACAGGCGAUAGAGCUUGGUGAAUUGACGCUCACCAUUGUGGACUUGAACUCACGUGACACAGGACGAUACGAGGUCCACGACAAGAACAAAGACCUUGCUGUUGUAAUAUGGCUCUCUGGGAGCAGUGAUUCAGGUUAUCCAUCUCGAGAACUGGCUGUGCCCAUUGGCACUGCUAUUGUUAUCAGUAUAUUGGUGUUCUGUUGCUGCCGUGAGAUAAAGUGGUGUUGCAAAAAGAGCAAUGCCCCCGUUACUUCAGGCUCCGGACAGCCCGUCUAUGUCCAUGAUCCUGUACUGUCUGAACUAGGCUACCGCCUACAACCUCAGCCUACGGCUCCAAGUGCGGAGCGUCAAUCGUGGUUGCAGCCCCCCUCUUCAGCCCACCCCUGGGACAGCGACCCACCGUCUUACGACGACUUAGUAGGUCCUGAGUAUUGCUAUCCGUACACUCCUGCUGCUCCUCCUCCUGAGGCUCCGGUUGAAGGAGGAGAAGGAGGAAAAGGAGCCCCCCCUUCCCCCCCCCAGUACCCACUGGACCCGGGCCCCCAGUACCAGCCUCGGGGGUGGGGUGGGGGUCUGGAUGAUUUCCUCACCAGUUCUCCUCUUAGCAUGGACACAAACACAGACACCUAUGUCUACAACUCAGACAAGCUCAACUGAGAAAAGCAUCGUUCUUCAGGAAAGUUACAUUUAUUCAUUUAGCAGACGCUUCUAUCUAAAGAGACUUAGAGCGUAGUAUAGAUAGACACAUAGAGGCACUUAACAUUGAGUUAACAUGCCUAGACCAUCAGGGUACAACUAAAUAUUCCUGACUUGAAAAACAUCUGAUGGCUUGCAUGUGAACAAGUGCAUGCUAAAACUCCAUUGCUGGACAAUACAUUUACAUUUAGCAGACGCCUUCACAACAAACAAGCUACAGUAAGUUAGGCGAUCCGAUGUGAGUAAGCACCAAGAGCUAACUGGCUAUCACCUGUACUCUUCUGUAAGAAGAGGUCAGCUGCCUUGACCAUGUGCGCCUGCUGAAAAAAAAAUGUGUUGAAUAAAACUCAAGGAAACCUUCA